AAUAUUGGUGACUUAUCGACAAAAGGACUUUACCUUGAGAUACGAUAAAAGUUGCAUGACGCGAGUUUGUAAGACAGAACAGAUUAUCUUUGUGAAGCGUGCUGAUUUUGUUGAAGAAUUUGACAACUACUAUGGUUCUAAUUGCAGCAAGAUCGAAUUACUUGAUUUUGGAGCAGGUCAGGAGUUCAGUGAAAAAUUCAUAAAUUUGUAUCAGGAAGCGCUAAAAGCCAUGGCAAAACAAGAUUAUGAAGAAUACAUUUAUUACUCUGAACAAUUAGAAUUCCAGACUGGACUAGAAGCAAAGCAUAUGAAACGAGCACUGCCAACAAUCGGCGCUUUUCCAUUAUAUGAUUUCUCAACACAAACAGUCACAGAACGUGUUCGUAUUCUAUUCCAACCAUGUUGA